AUGAAGUACUCAAUCAUUGCUACUGCUUUCACUGUUUCAUCUGUUUUAGCUGGUAAAGGUCCAAAAGACCACAAGUCAGCUCCAACUGUCACUGUCUAUGCUACUGAAACCACUCACAAAUAUGGUAGAUUCAACAAGACUCCUCACCCAACCACCACCACCGUUAUUGUUUCUCCAUCUGAAUGGACUAGUUUGAAGGAAGCCUCAUCAAAGGUUAGAAACAACCACAGAAGAGAUGAAAUUUUCACUGCUGUCAAGAGAGAUAACAGCACCGCUGGUGCCGCUGGUAACUCUACCGGUGGUGCUGGUGCUGGUAACUCUACUGGUGGUGCCGGUGCUGGUAACUCUACUGGUGGUGCCGGUGCUGGUAACUCUACUGGUGGUGCCGGUGCUGGUAACUCUACUGGUGGUGCUGGUGGUGACAACAAUGCCGGUAUGACCGCUUCUGGUGCUUCAUUCGCCAUUGCUGGUGCCGUUGCCGCUGGUUGCGCUUUGUUGAUGUAA